AUGAAUGAACCUAAUCAUCUUAAUAAUCCUUUGUAAAAUAUAGAGAAACCGCCUUAGUUAUUUGGAAUACCUAAAAUCUUGACUUCUCAUCUUAUCUGUUCAGAAUCUCAAAAUACUCAUACAGAACAAGACUAAAUGUCAUAUGAUCCAUCAAGGUAAUAAGAAGAGAAAAAUGCUAGGCGUUAUUAAAUGCUUCAAAUUUUCCAAAACGACAUCUAGCCUCUAUCCUCAAAGAUAGAUAGCUUAAUGAAGUAGCAGUAGUUAAAGGAGAUUCUUAAACAAAAGUCAAUCCUUAGAGGCUUGCCACAUAAUGAACUGGUGAUGCAAAGUGAGUAAGAAUUGAGCACUGCACUAAGUGGCGAUAAAUUAACUUAAUUCAAGGGAGUCUAGUUUAAGGAUGCUGAUGAAAAUUUCAUAAAAGUCAAAUAUUUCAAGAUGUCUGAUGAGCCAAACGCACCUGGACGUACCUUUGAAGAAGUUUAAAUGAUACAAUCCUAAUUAUCUAAUCUGCCUCAGCAUAUGAAAGAGGAUUAACUCAAGCUUAUUGAGAUGCAGCUUGAAAGAAAGAAAAUAAUUGAGAUUAACGAUGAAAAAGUAAGAAAAGGACAGAGGCUAGCAGCAAUGUAGCCUCUUAUUUGCUUUGUGGAGCCAGCAAAAUUAAAUGUCAAACAGAGAUAAAUGAAUUAUAAUGAGCAAAAGACCUAAAAAUAAAGGGAGAAAGAUAUUAUUCCUGUCAUUUACUCCACAGAAAAUUCUAUUCCAAACAACCCAAUGAGAGAAUUUUUCGAAUUCACCCUAUAAAAGCAAUAGGAGAUGGGGAUAUAAAUUAAGCUAGAUAAUUCAGAGGUACCCUGA